CACCUACAACAUAUUUGAGUUUCCGAAUGGAUUAUAUUAUAUUGCUAAUAUAAUAAAGAUUGUUUAAAACACAUUUAUAUAAGACUGAAUUUUCAUGUUUUAUAGAUGUUUAUAUUUGAAUAAUAUAAAAGUGAAAAACAAUUUGAAAUACAAUUAAUUUAAAAAUAAAUAAAUAAAAAUAAAACAAUAUUAGCCAUCAGCCUCGCACAAAUAUAAAUAUACUAAUAAUAACAAAUCUCGCUAAUUGAAAAUGAACAAAAAUCGCUUCGUGUUUUUUUUUUUCGCUCUCCAUAAAACAGCUGAUUUGCUAUCGAUUAAUAUUGUGAAAUGAAAUCUAAAUAAAGAAGUGGGAAUAUUCGGUUCAAGUUCAGUAACACUUUUGCAUUCAGUGGCGGACAAUCUUUGCCAAAAAUUUUAGCAUUGUGCGAAUUUUUUGGCUUACGAAAGAAGAGGAAAAGGCAUAAAAACCAUGAGUUCGAAAUCCAUAUUUGAAACCGAAGAAGAUGUGGCGCAGGCCAACAAGUUUGUGAAUAAGGCCAAGGAUUCUCCCUUUAUGUUGGUCGGCAUUGCUGGCUUCGUGGCAGCGGGUCUGAUCGGUGCGUACAAAUACAAGAAUCGCGGCACGAUGAGUACCAGCGUCUUCCUCAUGCAGCUGCGUGUGGCCGCGCAAGGCACAGUCGUCGGUUGCCUGACCGUUGGACUCGGCUAUCAGAUGGCCAAGGAGUAUCUGUUCGACAAGAAGCCCAAGGAGAAUUGAAUUGUUGGAUUAUCAGAUGCGCCCCGAGAAUCGCGAAUUAUCUCAGCUAACUCUAUAUAUUUGUCAUUAUUUAACAAAUAUUUCAUUUUUAUUUUAGUUUGAAGUCUUUACAUAAUUAAUACACAUUUGAUUGAAUUGGCCCGCACAUUUCCCCAGACACCAUCCAAAACAUUGCCAGAGGCUUUGACAAAAGUUUUAAUACCAAUUUAAUACUACAUAUUUAUUACCAUACAUUUACGGAGAUUGUAAAAUUGAAACAAGACGACAAAUUGUUGGAUAAAAUUCUUAAAUGUAAGAUAGUAAAUGUUUUCUAUGCCUGUGUAA